GGCUAGUACGGCUUUUGAAUGCGUGACUUCGAAGAGAAGCGGACACUUCACUGUGCCAUCGUGAAGCAGGCCUCGGUGUUGGUUAGAGUGUGUGUUGCAGGGUGAUUCAGGAUGGUGGACCAGCCUCUGUGGGAGCAGAUAGGAUCCAGCUUUGUGCAGCACUACUAUCAACUAUUUGACUCGGACAGAUCACAACUCGGAACCAUAUAUAUCGACGAGUCAUGCCUCACAUGGGAAGGACAGCAGUUCCAGGGAAAAAAGGCAAUCGUUGGGAAACUCAUUAGUCUACCCUUCCCAAAAAUAGUGCAUAGUAUAACAGUGCAGGACCACCAGCCAACUCCGGACUGCAACAUCUUGAGUAUGGUAGUAGGACAGCUAAAAGUAGAUGACGAUCCCGUCAUGGGUUUCCAUCAGAGUUUCCUCCUGAAGAACAUUAACGAUGCGUGGGUGUGCACGAAUGACAUGUUCAGGCUGGCCAUUCACAACUUUGGCUAACCCCCGGCACUUAUCAUCUGGUGGGCAGGGGUGCCCGUAGCGAAGGGCACCACUUGAGUCAAGUAUGGAGGGAGGGGAAGGAAGAGUUGGGGAUGGAGAGAAGAGAGGACACUCGCCUCUCCCUUCUGCUGUCUCAUUUACGCCUGCUUGACUCUCUCCAACACCGGAUUCUAGAUGUCAAUCACUGAACCUCAUCCAGGUGGGUUUACAGACCGCCCCAGCUACUAGAACUGCGAUUCGUUCCUUUGCUGAGAGCCAGCUAACCAAUCAGAUGCCCCUGUCUGCCACGUCGCUGAUCUGCAUGACGCCGGGAGUCCCCCAUUACAAUAUCUACAUUCAAUGCACCAGAGAGAGACGAACAGCCGAACGACGUCAUUUACUCCAGCUCUGCUCCGCUCUCCACCUUUACUUAAUUCAAACCCGUUCUACUCUGUUAACUCUACUGCUAUCAAAUCAGUUCUGUUAGUGCUGUUUGUUGACUGGUUUGUAGAUCCAUGUUCCAUCAGUUCUAACUUGUGUUAUAAGUCGUUUUUAGAUGCCACUUGUGUGUUGCCUUAGUGCGUUUCAUCUUCCUUUUACACAAUUGUUAACUUUGCCAUGAUCCACUCUCAUGCUUGGAGUACAAAGUUUGACCGCACUGCGUGAUUGGCUCCUGAAUAUUCUCUCUCUCUCUCGCUCACUCUCUCUCAAUCUGUCUCUCUCUCACACAGACAUGUCUGGCAGUAAACAUGGACUACAGCCACAUUAGACAAUAAAACCUGGACUUUUUUUCUUAA